CUGGGCCGGUGGCAAGCCCCCGGAGGGAGCCGCAGUAGUACGACGGAAGAUGGCGACGAGCGGCGGCGACGAGGCGGCGGCAGCGGCUCCAGCGCCCGGAGCCCCGGCGACCGGGCAGGACACGACUCCGGGCUGGGAGGUGGCGGUGCGGCCCCUACUGUCCGCGUCCUACUCCGCCUUUGAGAUGAAGGAGUUGCCGCAGCUGGUGGCCUCAGUCAUCGAGAGUGAGUCGGAAAUCCUGCACCACGAGAAGCAGUAUGAACCGUUCUACUCAUCCUUUGUCGCACUGUCCACACAUUACAUCACCACGGUCUGUAGCCUCAUUCCCCGGAACCAGCUUCAGUCAGUGGCAGCGGCCUGUAAAGUCCUCAUUGAGUUUUCUCUCCUUCGUUUGGAGAACCCAGACGAGGCCUGUGCCGUGUCCCAGAAACACUUGAUUCUGCUGAUCAAAGGCCUGUGCACUGGCUGUAGCCGACUAGACAGAACGGAAAUUAUCACCUUUACAGCAAUGAUGAAAUCUGCCAAGCUUCCACAGACAGUGAAGACGCUUUCAGAUGUGGAAGACCAGAAAGAGCUGGCCUCGCCAGUAAGCCCCGAGCUAAGGCAGAAGGAGGUGCAGAUGAACUUCUUGAACCAGCUGACCUCAGUUUUUAAUCCUAGAACCGUACCAUCUCCUCCCAUUAGUCCACAGGCUCUGGUGGAAGGAGAAAAUGAUGAGCAGCCAUCCACAGAUCAGGCCUCUGCUGUCAAGACCAAGAACGUGUUCAUAGCUCAGAAUGUGGCUAGCCUUCAAGAGCUUGGUGGCUCCGAGAAGCUGCUCCGAGUGUGCCUGAACCUCCCUUAUUUCCUGCGCUACAUCAAUCGGUUCCAGGAUGCAGUGGUAGCCAAUUCUUUCUUCAUCAUGCCUGCAACAGUAGCUGAUGCCACUGCUGUUCGCAAUGGUUUUCACUCACUGGUGAUUGAUGUAACCAUGGCCUUGGAUACUCUUUCUCUACCUGUGUUGGAACCCCUCAAUCCUUCUCGUCUACAAGACGUGACAGUCCUCAGCCUUAGCUGUCUAUAUGCAGGUGUGAGUGUAGCCACCUGCAUGGCCAUUCUUCAUGUGGGUAGUGCCCAGCAAGUGCGGACAGGGUCCACAAGCUCCAAAGAAGAUGACUAUGAAAGUGACGCAGCCACUAUUGUUCAGAAAUGUCUUGAGAUCUACGACAUGAUUGGACAGGCGAUCAGCAGCUCCCGCCGUGCUGGUGGUGAGCACUUCCAGAACUUCCAGCUGCUGGGUGCAUGGUGUCUACUGAAUAGCCUCUUCCUCAUACUGAAUCUCAGUCCCACAGCCCUGGCUGACAAGGGGAAAGAGAAGGACCCGUUGGCUGCCCUCCGAGUCAGAGACAUCCUUUCUCGUACGAAAGAGGGAGUAGGCUCUCCCAAACUGGGACCUGGCAAAGGGCAUCAGGGAUUUGGGGUGCUCUCGGUGAUCCUGGCAAACCAUGCCAUCAAGCUGCUGACGUCUCUGUUUCAAGACCUGCAGGUGGAGGCGCUCCACAAUGGCUGGGAGACAGAUGGUCCCCCUGCAGUCCUGAGUAUUAUGGCCCAGAGCACCUCCACACAAAGGAUUCAACGGCUGAUUGACUCUGUCCCGCUGACAAACCUGCUCUUGACUUUACUUUCAACUUCAUACAGAAAGGCAUGUGUCCUGCAGCGGCAGAGGAAGGGCUCCAUGAGCAGUGAUGCCAGCGCCUCCACCGACUCCAACACAUACUAUGAGGAUGACUUCAGUAGCACAGAGGAGGACAGCAGCCAAGAUGAUGACAGCGAGCCUAUUUUGGGGCAGUGGUUUGAGGAGACCAUCUCUCCCAGUAAAGAGAAAGCUGCACCUCCACCCCCUCCACCGCCCCCUCCCCUGGAGAGCUCUCCUCGGGUUAAAAGCCCCAGUAAACAGGCCUCUGGUGAGAAGGGCAACAUCUUGGCCAGUCGCAAAGAUCCUGAGUUGUUCUUAGGUCUGGCUUCCAACAUCCUGAACUUUAUCACAUCUUCCAUGCUGAACUCUCGGAACAAUUUCAUCCGGAACUAUCUGAGUGUGUCUCUUUCAGAGCACCAUAUGGCUACCCUGGCCAGCAUCAUUAAGGAGGUGGACAAAGAUGGACUCAAGGGGUCAUCAGAUGAGGACUUCGCUGCUGCUCUCUAUCACUUCAACCACUCCCUGGUAACUUCCGACCUACAGUCCCCGAACCUGCAGAACACACUGCUACAGCAGCUGGGAGUCGCCCCUUUCUCCGAGGGCCCUUGGCCCCUCUACAUUCACCCCCAAGGUCUCUCGGUGCUUUCCCGCCUCCUGCUUAUCUGGCAACAUAAAGCUGGAGCCCAAGGUGACCCUGACGUCCCAGAAUGCUUGAAAGUGUGGGACAGGUUUUUGUCUACAAUGAAGCAGAACGCACUGCAGGGGGUGGUGCCCAGUGAGACGGAGGACCUGAAUGUUGAGCACCUGCAGCUGCUGCUCCUCAUCUUCCACAGCUUCUCUGAGAAGGGCCGCCGGGCCAUCUUCACCAUGCUGGUGCAGAACAUCCAGGAGCUGAGUGUGAACAUGGAGGUGCAGAUGCGCUCCGUGCCGCUAACCCUGGCACGCCUCCUUUUGAUCUUCGACUACCUGCUUCAUCAGUACUCCAAAGCCCCCAUGUAUCUGUUUGAGCAGGUGCAGCACAACCUGCUGAGCCCCCCUUUCGGGUGGGCAAGUGGAUCCCAAGACAGCAGCCGCCGCCGGGCCAACACUCCUCUGUAUCAUGGGUUCAAGGAAGUAGAAGAAAACUGGUCCAAACAUUUUUCAUCAGAUGCAGCCCCACAACCCAGGUUCUACUGUGUCCUGUCCCCAGAGGCCUCUGAGGAGGAUUUGCACCGACUCGAUUCUAUGGCAUGUGAAGUUCUUUUCUCCAAGCUCGUCAAGUACGAUGAGCUUUACACCUCGCUGACAGGCCUGCUUGCAGCUGGUUCUCAGCUGGACACAGUCAGGAGGAAGGAAAAUAAGAACGGGACAGCCCUGGAGGCCUGCGCCCUGCAAUAUUACUUCUUGAUACUCUGGAGGAUCUUAGGAAUUUUGCCACCUUCAAAGACUUACAUGAACCAGCUGGCCAUGAACUUACCUGAGAUGAGUGAAUGUGACAUCUUACACACUCUGCGAUGGUCAUCCCGCCUCCGGAUCAGCUCCUAUGUCAACUGGAUAAAGGAUCAUCUUAUCAAACAGGGCAUGAAGCCCGAGCAUGCUGGCUCUCUCAUAGAACUGACCUCCACUAAGUGUAGCUCAGUAAAGUACGAUGUUGAGAUUGUAGAGGAGUACUUUGCCCGACAGAUCUCAUCAUUCUGCUCCAUCGACUGCACCACCGUCCUGCAGCUUCAUGAGAUCCCUAGUCUGCAGUCCAUCUACACCCUGGAUGCUGCUAUCUCAAAGGUCCAGGUCUCUCUGGAUGAGCACUUUUCUAAGAUGGCUGCGGAGACUGAUCCUCACAAGUCAUCUGAGAUCACCAAGAACCUCCUUCCAGCUACGCUGCAACUCAUUGACACCUAUGCCUCGUUCACUAGAGCCUAUUUGCUUCAGAACCUUAAUGAAGAGGGGUCCACCGAGAAGCCCUCCCAGGAGAAGCUGCAUGGCUUUGCAGCUGUCUUGGCUAUUGGCUCUAGCAGGUGCAAGGCAAACACGCUGGGUCCAACGCUGGUGCAGAAUUUACCGUCAUCAGUGCAGACUGUCUGUGAGUCCUGGAAUAAUAUCAACACCAAUGAGUUUCCCAACAUCGGAUCCUGGCGCAAUGCAUUUGCCAAUGACACCAUCCCAUCUGAGAGUUACAUCAGUGCUGUUCAGGCUGCUCACCUGGGGACUCUUUGUGGCCAGAGUCUGCCCUUGGCAGCUUCCCUGAAACAUACCCUCCUCUCCCUGGUCAGGUUGACUGGAGAUCUGAUUGUGUGGUCGGAUGAGAUGAACCCAGCACAGGUCAUCCGGACCCUGCUACCCCUUCUCUUGGAGUCGAGCACAGAGAGUGUUGCUGAGAUCAGCAGUAACUCCCUGGAGCGCAUCUUGGGACCUUCGGAGUCUGAUGAGUUCCUGGCUCGUGUGUAUGAGAAGCUGAUCACUGGGUGUUACAACAUUCUGGCCAACCAUGCAGAUCCCAACAGUGGGCUGGAUGAGUCCAUCCUGGAGGAAUGUUUGCAGUAUCUGGAAAAGCAGCUGGAGAGCAACCAGGCCCGGAAAGCCAUGGAGGAGUUCUUCUCUGAUGGUGGGGAACUUGUGCAGAUCAUGAUGGCCACAGCCAAUGAGGACCUCUCUGCUAAAUUCUGUAACCGAGUCUUGAAAUUCUUCACCAAACUCUUCCAGCUGACUGAGAAGAGCCCUAACCCAAGCCUCCUUCAUCUCUGCGGCUCUCUUGCCCAGCUGGCCUGCGUGGAGCCAGUGCGUCUGCAGGCCUGGCUCACCCGCAUGACAACAUCGCCCCCAAAGGACUCUGACCAGCUGGAGGUCAUUCAGGAGAACCGGCAGCUGCUGCAGUUGCUGACCACAUACAUCGUCCGGGAAAACAGCCAAGUUGGAGAAGGUGUGUGCGCUGUGCUUCUGGGCACCCUGACCCCCAUGGCAACAGAGAUGCUGGCAAAUGGUGAUGGGACUGGCUUCCCCGAACUCAUGGUUGUGAUGGCCACUCUGGCCAGUGCCGGACAAGGCGCUGGCCACCUUCAGCUUCACAAUGCUGCUGUGGACUGGCUGGGCAGAUGCAAGAAAUACCUGUCACAGAAGAAUGUGGUUGAGAAACUGAAUGCCAAUGUAAUGCAUGGAAAGCAUGUGAUGGUCUUGGAGUGCACAUGUCAUAUUAUGUCUUACUUGGCUGAUGUCACAAAUGCCCUGAGCCAGAGUAAUGGCCAAGGACCAAGUCACCUCUCUGUGGAUGGGGAAGAACGUGCCAUUGAAGUGGAUUCAGACUGGGUAGAAGAGUUAGCAGUGGAGGAGGAAGACUCCCAGGCUGAGGACUCUGAUGAAGAUUCUCUUUGCAAUAAACUCUGCACCUUCACCAUCACCCAGAAGGAGUUUAUGAACCAGCACUGGUACCACUGUCAUACCUGUAAGAUGGUGGAUGGGGUGGGGGUGUGCACAGUAUGUGCGAAGGUGUGCCACAAGGAUCAUGAGAUUUCCUACGCCAAGUAUGGUUCUUUUUUCUGUGACUGUGGAGCCAAGGAAGAUGGCAGCUGCUUGGCACUGGUGAAACGAACUCCUAGCAGCGGCAUGAGCUCUACCAUGAAGGAGUCAGCAUUUCAGAGCGAACCAAGGGUUUCCGAGAGUUUGGUGCGCCAUGCCAGCACCUCACCUGCUGACAAGGCCAAGGUCACCAUCAGUGAUGGGAAGGUUACUGAGGAAGAGAAGCCCAAGAAGAGCAGCCUGUGCCGCACAGUUGAGGGGUGCCGUGAGGAGCUGCAGAAUCAGGCCAAUUUCUCCUUCGCUCCUCUCGUGUUAGACAUGCUCAAUUUCCUCAUGGAUGCCAUUCAGACCAACUUUCAGCAGGCUUCAGCUGUGGGGAGCAGCAGCCGAGCACAGCAGGCCCUCAGCGAACUCCAUACAGUGGACAAGGUUGUGGAGAUGACGGACCAGCUGAUGGUUCCUACCUUAGGCUCACAGGAAGGUGCCUUUGAGAAUGUGCGGAUGAAUUACAGUGGAGACCAGGGCCAGACUAUCCGGCAGCUCAUCAGUGCUCAUGUGCUCAGGCGGGUGGCUAUGUGUGUGCUCUCUUCCCCCCAUGGGCGCCGCCAGCAUUUGGCUGUCAGCCACGAGAAGGGCAAGAUCACAGUACUGCAGCUCUCAGCGCUCCUGAAACAAGCGGAUUCCAGCAAGAGAAAGUUGACUCUGACCCGCUUGGCUUCUGCCCCAGUUCCCUUCACAGUGCUGAGUCUUACUGGAAACCCCUGCAAGGAGGACUAUCUGGCAGUGUGUGGGCUGAAGGACUGCCACGUGCUUACCUUCAGUAGCUCGGGCUCUGUUUCGGAUCACUUGGUGUUACAUCCCCAGUUGGCAACAGGGAACUUCAUCAUCAAAGCUGUGUGGUUACCUGGUUCACAGACUGAGCUGGCCAUUGUCACUGCAGACUUUGUCAAGAUUUACGACCUGUCUAUUGAUGCCUUGAGUCCAACCUUCUACUUUCUCCUGCCGAGCUCAAAGAUAAGAGAUGUUACCUUCCUUUUCAAUGAGGAAGGCAAGAACAUCAUUGUCAUCAUGUCCUCUGCUGGGUACAUGUACACACAGCUCAUGGAGGAGGCCAGCAGUGCCCAGCAGGGGCCCUUCUACGUCACUAAUGUCUUGGAAAUAACUCAUGAGGACCUGAAGGACAGUAACAGCCAGGUGGCAGGUGGUGGCGUGUCUGUCUACUAUUCGCACGUGUUGCAGAUGCUUUUCUUCAGCUACAGUCAGGGCAAGUCCUUUGCGGCCACUGUCAGCAGGAGCACUCUGGAGGUGUUGCAGCUCUUCCCCAUCAACAUCAAAAGCUCCAAUGGUGGCAGUAAGACCUCUCCUGCGCUCUGCCAGUGGUCUGAGGUGAUGAACCACCCUGGCUUGGUCUGUUGUGUCCAGCAAACUACGGGUGUGCCUCUGGUAGUCAUGGUGAAACCAGACACUUUCCUCAUCCAGGAGAUUAAAACUCUUCCCGCCAAAGCAAAGAUCCAAGACAUGGUGGCCAUUAGACACACCGCCUGCAAUGAGCAGCAGCGGACGACCAUGAUCCUGCUGUGUGAGGACGGCAGCCUGCGCAUUUACAUGGCCAAUGUGGAGAACACCUCUUACUGGCUCCAGCCUUCCCUGCAGCCCAGCAGCGUCAUCAGCAUCAUGAAGCCUGUGCGAAAGCGCAAAACGGCUACAAUCACAGCCCGCACAUCCAGCCAGGUGACCUUCCCCAUCGACUUUUUUGAACACAACCAGCAGCUGACGGAUGUAGAGUUUGGUGGUAAUGACCUCCUGCAAGUCUACAAUGCACAACAGAUAAAGCACAGACUGAACUCCACUGGCAUGUAUGUGGCUAACACCAAGCCUGGUGGCUUCACCAUUGAGAUUAGCAACAACAGCAGCACUAUGGUGAUGACAGGCAUGCGGAUCCAGAUUGGGACCCAGGCAAUUGAACGGGCUCCGUCAUACAUCGAGAUCUUUGGCAGAACCAUGCAGCUUAAUCUGAGCCGUUCUCGCUGGUUUGACUUCCCCUUCACCCGAGAGGAAGCCCUGCAGGCUGACAAGAAGCUGAACCUCUUCAUCGGUGCCUCGGUGGAUCCAGCAGGCGUCACCAUGAUAGAUGCUGUCAAAAUUUAUGGCAAGACUAAGGAGCAGUUUGGCUGGCCUGAUGAGCCCCCAGAAGAAUUCCCUUCUGCCUCUGUCAGCAACAUCUGUCCUUCCAACCUGAAUCAGAGUAAUGGUGCUGGGGAGAGUGACUCAGCUGCUCCAACUACGACCAGUGGCACUGUCCUGGAGAGUUCUGAAACUGAGUCCCUAACCAAGCUGGACCGGCUGGUUGUGAGUUCUUUGGAAGCCCUGGAAAGCUGCUUUGCUGUUGGCCCAAUCAUCGAGAAGGAGAGAAACAAGCAUGCAGCCCAGGAGCUGGCCACUCUGCUGCUCUCCCUGCCAGCACCUGCCAGUGUCCAGCAGCAGUCAAAGAGUCUUCUGGCCAGCCUGCACACCAGCCGCUCGGCCUACCACAGCCACAAGGACCAGGCCUUGCUGAGCAAAGCUGUGCAGUGUCUCAACACAUCUAGCAAAGAAGGCAAGGACUUGGACCCUGAGGUGUUCCAGCGGCUAGUGAUCACAGCUCGCUCUAUUGCCAUCAUGCGUCCUAACAACCUUGUGCACUUUACGGAGUCAAAGCUGCCCCAGAUGGAAACAGAAGGAGCGGAUGAGGGGAAAGAGCCGCAGAAGCAGGUGGAAGGAGAUGGCUGUAGUUUCAUCACUCAGCUUGUGAACCACUUCUGGAAACUCCAUGCUUCUAAGCCCAAGAAUGCCUUCCUGGCCCCUGCCUGCCUGCCAGGCCUCACUCAUAUUGAAGCUACUGUUAAUGCACUGGUAGACAUUAUCCAUGGCUACUGUACCUGUGAGCUGGACUGUAUCAACACAGCAUCCAAGAUCUACAUGCAGAUGCUGCUGUGUCCUGACCCUGCUGUGAGCUUCUCCUGCAAACAAGCUCUAAUUCGAGUCCUAAGGCCCAGGAACAAGCGGAGACAUGUAACAUUGCCCUCCUCCCCUCGAAGCAACACUCCAAUGGGAGACAAGGAUGAUGACGAUGAUGAUGAUGCAGAUGAGAAAAUGCAGUCAUCAGGCAUCCCCGAUGGUGCUCACAUCCGUCAGGAAAGCCAGGAACAGAGUGAGGUGGACCAUGGAGAUUUUGAGAUGGUGUCUGAGUCGAUGGUCCUGGAAACAGCUGAAAAUGUCAACAAUGGCAACCCCUCUCCCCUGGAGGCCCUGCUGGCAGGUGCUGAGGGCUUUCCUCCCAUGCUGGACAUCCCACCUGAUGCAGAUGACGAGACCAUGGUUGAACUAGCCAUUGCCCUGAGCCUGCAGCAGGACCAGCAAGGCAGCAGCAGCAGUGCCCUGGGCCUGCAGAGCCUGGGACUGUCGGGCCAGGCACCCAGCUCUUCCUCUCUGGACGCAGGAACCCUCUCUGACACCACAGCAUCAGCUCCAGCCUCAGACGAUGAGGGCAGCACCGCGGCGACGGACGGCUCCACCCUGCGGACCUCGCCUGCCGACCAUGGCGGGAGUGUGGGCUCAGAGAGCGGGGGAAGUGCGGUGGACUCUGUGGCUGGCGAGCACAGUGUGUCUGGCCGGAGCAGUGCGUACGGUGAUACCACAGCUGAGGGGCACCCAGCUGGACCAGGGAGUGUCAGCUCAAGCACAGGUGCCAUCAGCACCACCACUGGGCACCAGGAGGGAGACGGCUCUGAGGGAGAAGGUGAAGGGGAAGCUGAAGGAGAUGUGCACACUAGCAACAGGCUACACAUGGUUCGUCUGAUGCUCUUGGAGAGAUUACUGCAGACACUACCCCAGUUACGAAACGUUGGAGGUGUCCGAGCUAUUCCAUACAUGCAGGUCAUUCUGAUGCUCACAACAGAUCUGGAUGGAGAAGAUGAGAAAGACAAGGGGGCCCUGGACAACCUGCUCUCCCAGCUCAUUGCCGAGCUUGGCAUGGACAAAAAGGAUGUCUCCAAGAAGAACGAGCGCAGUGCCUUGAAUGAAGUCCAUUUGGUCGUGAUGAGACUCCUGAGUGUCUUCAUGUCCCGCACCAAGUCCGGAUCCAAGUCUUCCAUCUGUGAGUCAUCUUCCCUCAUCUCCAGUGCUACUGCUGCAGCCCUGCUGAGCUCAGGGGCCGUGGACUAUUGUCUCCAUGUGCUCAAGUCUCUGCUGGAAUACUGGAAGAGCCAGCAGAAUGAUGAGGAGCCUGUGGCCACCAGCCAAUUGCUGAAACCACACACGACGUCAUCCCCGCCAGACAUGAGCCCAUUCUUUCUCCGCCAGUAUGUGAAGGGUCAUGCUGCUGACGUGUUUGAAGCCUAUACCCAGCUGCUUACAGAAAUGGUGCUGAGGCUUCCGUACCAAAUCAAAAAGAUCGCAGACACCAGCUCUCGAAUUCCUCCUCCUGUCUUUGAUCACUCCUGGUUCUACUUUCUCUCUGAGUACCUAAUGAUUCAGCAGACCCCUUUUGUGCGUCGCCAAGUCCGAAAACUUCUGCUCUUCAUCUGUGGAUCAAAGGAGAAGUACCGACAGCUCCGAGAUCUGCACACUCUGGACUCCCAUGUGCGUGGGAUCAAGAAGCUUCUGGAAGAGCAGGGCAUCUUCCUUCGGGCCAGUGUGGUUACAGCCAGUUCUGGUUCGGCUUUGCAGUAUGACACACUCAUCAGCCUGAUGGAGCAUCUGAAGGCCUGUGCAGAGAUUGCUGCCCAGCGAACCAUCAACUGGCAGAAGUUUUGCAUCAAAGAUGACUCUGUCCUGUACUUCCUCCUGCAAGUGAGUUUCCUGGUGGACGAGGGGGUGUCCCCCGUGCUGCUGCAGCUGCUCUCCUGUGCCCUGUGUGGCAGCAAAGUCCUCGCAGCCCUGGCGGCCUCCACGGGGUCCUCCAGUGUGGCUUCCUCCUCAACCCCUGCUGCAGCCAGUUCUGGACAAGCCACAACUCAGUCCAAAUCUUCCACCAAAAAGAGCAAGAAAGAAGAAAAGGAAAAAGAGAAAGAAGGGGAGAGCUCAGGCAGCCAGGAGGACCAGCUGUGCACAGCUUUGGUGAACCAGCUGAACAGAUUUGCAGACAAGGAGACUCUGAUCCAGUUUCUGCGCUGUUUCCUGUUGGAGUCCAACUCUUCCUCAGUGCGCUGGCAGGCCCACUGCCUGACCCUGCACAUCUACAGAAACUCCAACAAGGCUCAGCAGGAGCUCUUGCUAGAUCUCAUGUGGUCUAUCUGGCCGGAACUCCCAGCAUACGGUCGGAAGGCUGCCCAGUUUGUGGACCUACUGGGCUAUUUUUCCCUGAAAACUGCACAGACAGAGAAGAAGUUGAAGGAGUAUUCACAGAAGGCCGUGGAGAUUCUGAGGACUCAAAACCACAUUCUCACCAACCAUCCCAACUCAAACAUUUACAACACCUUGUCUGGGUUAGUGGAGUUUGACGGCUAUUACCUGGAGAGUGACCCCUGCCUGGUGUGUAAUAAUCCCGAGGUGCCGUUUUGUUAUAUCAAGCUGUCUUCCAUUAAAGUGGACACACGGUACACCACCACCCAGCAAGUUGUAAAGCUCAUUGGAAGUCACACCAUCAGCAAGGUGACAGUGAAAAUUGGGGACCUGAAGCGGACCAAGAUGGUGCGGACUAUCAACCUGUACUACAACAACCGAACUGUGCAGGCCAUCGUGGAGUUGAAAAACAAGCCAGCUCGCUGGCACAAAGCCAAGAAAGUUCAGCUGACACCUGGACAGACAGAAGUCAAGAUUGACCUGCCCCUGCCCAUUGUGGCCUCUAACCUGAUGAUCGAGUUUGCAGACUUCUACGAGAACUACCAGGCCUCCACAGAGACCCUUCAGUGUCCUCGCUGCAGUGCCUCCGUUCCCGCCAACCCAGGCGUCUGUGGCAAUUGUGGGGAGAAUGUAUACCAGUGUCACAAGUGCAGGUCCAUCAACUAUGAUGAAAAGGAUCCCUUCCUCUGCAAUGCUUGUGGCUUCUGUAAAUACGCCCGCUUUGACUUCAUGCUUUACGCCAAGCCUUGCUGCGCUGUGGAUCCCAUCGAGAACGAAGAAGAUCGAAAGAAGGCUGUUUCCAACAUCAACACACUUCUGGACAAAGCUGACCGUGUUUACCAUCAGCUCAUGGGACAUCGGCCACAGCUGGAGAACCUGCUCUGCAAAGUGAACGAAGCAGCUCCAGAAAAGCCACAGGAAGACUCCGGAACGGCAGGGGGCAUCAGCUCCACUUCAGCCAGUGUGAAUCGCUAUAUCCUGCAGCUGGCUCAGGAGUACUGUGGAGACUGCAAGAAUUCAUUUGAUGAGCUCUCCAAAAUCAUCCAGAAAGUUUUUGCUUCACGCAAAGAGCUGUUAGAAUAUGAUCUGCAGCAGAGAGAAGCAGCCACAAAGUCAUCCCGAACAUCCGUGCAGCCCACGUUCACUGCCAGCCAGUACCGUGCUUUGUCGGUCUUAGGCUGUGGCCACACCUCCUCUACCAAGUGCUAUGGUUGUGCCUCAGCUGUCACGGAGCACUGCAUCACACUCCUGAGGGCCCUGGCCACCAAUCCAGCUCUGAGACACAUCCUCGUCUCCCAGGGCCUCAUCCGAGAGCUCUUUGAUUACAACCUCCGCAGAGGGGCUGCAGCCAUUCGUGAGGAGGUUCGCCAGCUCAUGUGCCUCCUGACUAGAGACAACCCAGAGGCCACCCAGCAAAUGAAUGACCUGAUCAUUGGCAAAGUCUCCACAGCCCUGAAGGGCCACUGGGCCAAUCCUGACCUGGCAAGCAGCCUUCAGUAUGAGAUGCUGCUACUGACGGAUUCCAUUUCCAAGGAGGACAGCUGUUGGGAACUCCGCUUACGCUGUGCCCUCAGCCUUUUCCUCAUGGCUGUGAACAUCAAAACACCAGUGGUUGUUGAGAAUAUCACCCUCAUGUGCCUGCGGAUCUUACAGAAGCUGAUUAAACCACCUGCCCCAACCAGCAAAAAGAACAAGGAUGUCCCUGUCGAGGCCCUCACCACGGUAAAGCCAUACUGCAAUGAGAUCCAUGCCCAGGCACAGCUGUGGCUCAAGAGAGACCCCAAGGCAUCUUAUGAAGCCUGGAAAAAGUGUCUGCCUAUCCGAGGGGUAGAUAGCAACGGGAAGUCCCCCAGCAAGUCAGAGCUCCACCGACUCUAUUUGACUGAGAAGUACGUGUGGAGGUGGAAGCAGUUCCUGAGCCGGCGGGGGAAGAGGACCACUCCUCUUGACCUCAAGCUCGGCCACAACAACUGGCUGCGGCAGGUGCUCUUUACCCCAGCAACACAGGCGGCACGGCAGGCAGCGUGUACCAUCGUGGAAGCCCUUGCUACUGUCCCCAGCCGCAAGCAGCAGGUCCUCGACCUCCUCACCAGUUACCUGGAUGAGCUGAGUGUAGCUGGAGAGUGUGCUGCAGAGUACCUGGCCCUCUACCAGAAGCUCAUCGCCUCGUGCCACUGGAAAGUCUACCUGGCUGCUCGGGGAGUCCUGCCCUACGUGGGCAACCUCAUCACCAAGGAAAUCGCCCGCUUGCUGGCCCUGGAGGAGGCCACCCUGAGCACAGACCUGCAGCAGGGCUAUGCCCUCAAAAGUCUCACAGGCCUUCUCUCCUCCUUUGUAGAGGUGGAGUCCAUCAAAAGGCAUUUUAAGAGCCGCCUGGUGGGCACUGUGCUGAAUGGGUACCUGUGCUUGCGGAAGUUAGUAUUGCAGAGGACCAAGCUCAUCGACGAGACACAGGACAUGUUGUUGGAGAUGCUGGAGGACAUGACCACAGGUACAGAGUCUGAAACCAAGGCCUUCAUGGCUGUGUGCAUUGAGACAGCCAAGCGCUACAAUCUGGAUGACUACCGGACUCCUGUGUUCAUCUUUGAGAGGCUGUGCAGCAUCAUCUACCCUGAGGAGAAUGAAGUCACUGAGUUCUUUGUGACCCUGGAGAAGGAUCCUCAGCAAGAAGACUUUCUACAGGGCAGGAUGCCUGGAAACCCAUAUAGUAGCAAUGAGCCAGGCAUUGGGCCUCUUAUGAGGGACAUAAAGAACAAGAUUUGCCAGGACUGUGACCUGGUGGCUCUUCUGGAGGAUGACAGUGGGAUGGAGCUCCUAGUUAACAAUAAAAUUAUCAGUCUGGACCUUCAUGUGGCAGAGGUUUACAAGAAAGUCUGGUGUACCACCAAUGAGGGAGAGCCUAUGAGGAUUGUUUAUCGAAUGCGGGGGCUACUGGGUGAUGCAACUGAGGAGUUCAUCGAAUCCCUGGACUCCACCACAGAUGAAGAGGAAGAUGAGGAAGAAGUGUACAAGAUGGCUGGUGUGAUGGCCCAGUGUGGGGGUCUAGAAUGCAUGCUUAACAGACUGGCAGGAAUCAAAGAUUUUAAGCAGGGACGCCAUCUCCUAACCGUGCUGCUGAAGCUAUUUAGUUACUGCGUGAAGGUGAAAGUCAACCGGCAGCAGCUGGUCAAGCUGGAGAUGAACACGCUGAAUGUCAUGCUGGGCACGUUAAACCUGGCUCUGGUAGCUGAACAAGAGAGCAAGGACAGUGGAGGAGCAGCUGUGGCUGAGCAGGUGCUGAGCAUCAUGGAGAUAAUUCUAGAUGAGUCCAAUGCGGAGCCCCUGAGUGAGGACAAGGGCAACCUCCUCCUCACGGGUGACAAGGAUCAGCUGGUGAUGCUCUUGGACCAGAUCAACAGCACCUUCGUUCGCUCCAACCCUAGUGUGCUCCAGGGCCUGCUGCGUAUCAUCCCGUACCUGUCCUUCGGAGAGGUGGAGAAGAUGCAGAUCCUAGUGGAGCGGUUCAAGCCAUACUGCAGCUUUGAUAAGUAUGAUGAAGAUCACAGUGGGGAUGACAAAGUCUUCCUGGAUUGUUUCUGCAAAAUUGCCGCCGGUAUCAAGAACAACAGCAAUGGGCACCAGCUGAAGGAUCUCAUCCUGCAGAAGGGAAUCACCCAGAAUGCUCUAGACUACAUGAAAAAGCACAUCCCCAGUGCCAAGAACUUGGAUGCUGACAUCUGGAAAAAGUUUCUGUCUCGCCCUGCUCUGCCGUUUAUUUUGAGGCUUCUUCGGGGAUUGGCCAUGCAGCACCCUGCCACCCAGGUUCUGAUUGGAACGGACUCCAUCACAAACCUGCAUAAACUAGAGCAGGUGUCCAGUGACGAGGGCAUUGGAACCCUGGCUGAGAACCUGCUGGAGGCCCUUCGAGAACACCCUGAUGUGAACAAGAAGAUUGAUGCAGCCCGCAGGGAGACCCGGGCAGAGAAGAAGCGCAUGGCCAUGGCCAUGAGGCAGAAGGCUCUGGGCACUCUGGGCAUGACGACAAAUGAAAAGGGCCAGGUGGUGACCAAGACUGCGCUCCUGAAGCAGAUGGAAGAGCUGAUAGAGGAGCCGGGCCUCACAUGCUGUAUCUGCAGGGAGGGGUACAAGUUCCAGCCCACAAAGGUCUUAGGCAUUUACACCUUCACCAAGCGGGUAGCUUUGGAGGAGAUGGAGAACAAGCCCCGGAAACAGCAGGGAUACAGUACUGUGUCCCAUUUCAACAUUGUGCACUACGACUGUCACCUAGCUGCCGUCAGUUCCUUGUCCCUGCUCUCCUCCCUGUCCCCAUCCAGAUUGGCUAGAGGCCGGGAAGAGUGGGAGAGUGCUGCCCUGCAGAAUGCCAACACGAAGUGCAAUGGGCUCCUUCCGGUCUGGGGCCCUCACGUCCCUGAAUCAGCUUUUGCCACUUGCUUAGCAAGGCACAACACUUACCUCCAGGAGUGUACCGGCCAGCGGGAACCCACGUACCAGCUCAACAUCCAUGACAUCAAACUGCUCUUCCUACGCUUCGCCAUGGAGCAAUCUUUCAGUGCAGACACUGGUGGGGGCGGCCGGGAGAGCAACAUCCACCUGAUCCCGUACAUCAUUCACACCGUGCUUUACGUCCUAAACACGACCCGAGCAACAUCCCGGGAGGAGAAGAACCUCCAAGGCUUCCUGGAGCAGCCCAAAGAGAAGUGGGUAGAGAGCGCCUUUGAUGUAGACGGGCCUCACUACUUCACCAUCCUGGCCCUGCAUGUCCUACCCCCUGAGCAGUGGAGAGCCACACGUGUGGAGAUCCUGCGCAGGCUGCUGGUGGCCUCACAUGCCCGGGCAGUGGCUCCAGGAGGAGCCACCAGGUUAACAGAUAAGACAGUGAAGGACUAUUCUGCCUACCGUUCUUCUCUGCUCUUCUGGGCUCUUGUUGACCUCAUUUACAACAUGUUUAAGAAGGUGCCCACCAGUAACACGGAGGGCGGCUGGUCCUGCUCUCUGGCCGAGUACAUCCGCCACAAUGACAUGCCCAUCUACGAAGCUGCCGACAAAGCCCUGAAAACCUUCCAGGAGGAGUUCAUGCCAGUGGAGACUUUCUCCGAGUUCCUCGAUGCUGCAGGUCUUCUGUCAGAAGUCACCGAUCCAGAGGGCUUCCUAAAGGACCUGUUGAACUCAAUCCCCUGACCAUCCCCACGGAAAUGAGAUCGCGGUGACGAGAUUGAAGCUAGCCUGCCUUCCUCCCUCAUCCGUCCCUCCGUGUGCAUUCACUUCCCCACAGAUGCUGCAUUAGCACCCCUCUCCUCUCUCAUUUUUCUUGGAGUGGCUUGGGGUUUGUAGGCAUCCUGUUCUAUCGCGUGUGUGUGUGUGUGUGUGUGCUGCGUUGGCUAUGAAGUUGUCUGUAGCCCGAGCCAUUGAAGGACCUAUACAUACCUAGGGGCUGUGAGCUGUCCCGGCCAGCUUGAGUGUGCCCAUCUUGAAAUAAAUGAAUGACUUGGUACACAUUGGAAA